AUGGAACGCCAAAUAGAAAUCUUUGGCAUAAUACUGCGCGGCGGUCUGCAAAUAGAAUGGCCAGACGAUGUCUGGAGAGAAACUCUGAAUAGACCAUCUGGUUCCAAGAUCUUCGUUAAAGAAUGGGAUAUUUAUGAGGGUGAUAAAGAACGGUUAGGAUCAUGCCAAGUAUUUGAUGUAAUUACGGUUGGAUGGAUACCAUGCGUCUAUAAAAUAUGCAGAAAGGUUAAGGCCAACUAG